AUGACUUCUGUCCUAGCAGCGCAACCCCUCACGUUUCCUCCGAAUAGUAUCAUGACGCAAAUGGACGCAUCAGGCAGGCCUCAAAUGCUGGACCCCUCCUUACAGCGGAGACCGAAGACCGAAUCCGACGACAAGAUCCGCGGUCGAGGUAGAAGUCGCCCGCAGAAAGAGAAUAAUGAUGGGAGUGGCGAGGGCUCUCCGGAUGGCGGAGCAGAUGGACAUUCUUCUGGCACAGAUGGUCCUUCUCGAAAGCGAAGGAGGAGUCGCAAAGGCUUGGAUAAGAAGUUCGAAUGUCCCCAAGAAGGCUGUGGUAAAAGCUAUUCAAGAGCUGAGCACCUGUACCGUCACCAAUUGAACCAUACACCAAAGCAAAUUUACAGAUGCGACUUCCCUGAUUGCGCUCGUACUUUUGUCCGACAAGAUCUGUGCAACAGACACAGAGAUCGCCAUACCGCUAAAGGAUCACAGCUACACCGGAAAGACUCUAUGUUAGGUCAUGCUCAUGCUUCUCCAGUGACGGACUCCGGCAAACCUCUGUCGGCUCAUGGUUCUUCGUCGCCCGAAGUCAUGAGACCGAAUCUUGCAGGACUAAAAUCCCGACCCAACCAGCUGCAGCAAUACCAAUCGCCUACCGAGAUGACGCCCAAUUCAUAUUCUCCAGCCACAAAUCCAUCUUCGGGAACCUACUCGGGGACUGCGUCAUCCAAUGGCACCGAGGGCUACACACAAUCCAAUAGCUUUAAACGAUCCAAUAGUGAUAGCAUUCCCCAGAGACAAGGUAGUGCAAGCACAACUCCAAUCAGUAGGCCACAGCGCCAUGCGAGUUUUGGUAUCUCGGACGGAAAGCCAGCUGAAUUUUCGCGGCCUCCUUUACAGACCAAUGUCGGACCAUAUGGACUUUUAUCUGGGGCCCCCGGCAACCAGAGUUACCAUAGCAGUCCGCACACUUUCGUUGCACAGCAGAAUUUCACUCCGUUCUCACUUCCACCUCCUGGAUUCGCCACUGCGGUAACUAGUGCGGCAGCAACCAGAGAGCCAGAACCCACGUAUCCAACUUCGAUCCCCGAGUAUCAAGGCGAUUCCAUGCCACAAAACUCGGGUCCAGAUAUGAUGCUUCUAGAUCAAAUGACGGCACCCAACACAAUGCCAGUCUUCGGAGGCGAGGGUUACAGUAGAUCUCCAUUUGCCAUUCCAGAAGACUUUGUGGCAUAUCUCUUCAGUGAACAGCAGCUCAACAACAAUUCUUCUCCGAUGGGUCAGAUGGGUCAACAAGGCUACGCAAACUAUCCUGACAACAACAACAACAACAAUAGCAACAACAAUCAAUAUUAUGCGCCGUUUUAUGCGGGAGAUAUGGGUCUAGGUGGAUUUUUCCCAGCCAAUCAACAGCCUCACCACCCUAUGGCAGUCACCAGUUUGCUUGACACAAGUCAACCAGAAAUGGUCUUAUCCGAAGAGAAAGCCCAAGCCAUUGUGGACCUCAUCAAGGAUCGAUUUAAUGAGGGCGAUCAUGCACCUGUUGCUAGACAGAAGGAAGCACUUAUGGAGGGCGAUCGUACCGUCGAUAGUCAUCUUCUUAGCCGUAAGAUGAUGCAGACAUAUAUUGGCAGUUACUGGUACAACUUCAGUGAACAAGUUCCAAUAUUGCACAAACCGACAUUCUCACCAGACAAAACACCAAAUCUGCUCUUGAUAUCUAUGAUGGCUAUUGGCGCUGCUUGUCUGGACAAAAUUCAUGGCUACGACACUACUCAAAAUUGCGCCGAACUCUCCAAUUUCUUGGCCUGGCACCUCAGAUGGGAAAUCUUCAGUGAUUAUCAUUUCCGUCCACCUGCGAAACUCUGGGUUUUCCAAGCUUUACUCCUACUGGAGAUCUACGAAAAGAUGUACUCAACCAGAGCGUUGCAUGAGCGAGCGCAUAUCCAUCAUGCAACCACAAUCACGCUAAUGCGUCGCGGGAGCUCAUUAAUCGGACGAUCUGCGCUUGACUCUCCACCAAGUGUAAGGGAAGAUAAGCAAGGAUUGAAUGGAUCCCGACAAUCUUCAACUUCUGGCGCCAACACUCCCGAUGAGUGGUGGAACCAUUGGAUCACCAAUGAGGCAACCCGUCGGGCGGCAUUUGCAGCAUUUGUGAUGGAUUCAACGCAUGCCACUAUGUUCGGUCACUCGACGGUUAUGGUAGCUCAUGAAAUGAGGCUCCCACUUCCCUGCGACGAAGCGCUCUGGUCUGCAAACAACAGUGCUGAAGUCGGCAGGAUAGAGGCUAGCCUGCAUGCUAACGGCGUAAAGCCAAUAUCGUUCCUCGAAGGCCUGAAGAGAACCUUGAAUGCUCAGGAAGUGCGAACCAACUCAUUUGGACGAACUAUCUUGAUGGCUGGUCUGCUCUCCGUGAGUUGGCAUAUGAACCAACGAGAUCUUCAAGUCAAUUCUUUAGGUGUUUCUCAGGCUCUAGGAGGACGAGACAAGUGGAGAGGUUCGCUCACGAGAGCCUUUGAUCUCUGGAAGCAAGAUUUCGAUAGAUCUCUAUCCCGCAAUUCCGAAGCAGUCCCUGGUCCUUAUGUGUACUCAGGAAAAGAAGAGGGAAAUAUUGUCUUCCAGGGCAGAACCGUUCUCCAUCACCUGGCCCACAUGGCGAUGCAUGUUGAUAUUGUUGAUUGUCAAAUAUUCGCAAGAGCGAAGCGUCUUCUCGGCCGAACCAUUGGCACUCAAGAUCUUAACAGUGCUCAACGCCGUAUGAAGGACAACUGGGCUCCUACCGCUAAGGCCCGAGACGCCACUUGGUAUGCUCUUCGAUUCUUAUGUGAUGUCUUGCUACCAAAAGAAUCCGCUGCACCAGGCAUGCGCCAUGGAUACGACGAUCCGCCGUUCGAAUACUCGGCUCGCGAUGAUUCCUUGCUGAAUCGUCCUUGGGUCCUCUAUUUCGCUGCUCUGAUCGUCUGGUGCUAUGGUUUCGCUCUGGAAGGACCGACCACCGAGCCCACUCCUUCGCCCUACGAUUUCGAUGACCAGGUGAGGCACAUGCGCGCCUAUCUUCGCCGAUUAGGUGGAGUCCGUUCACCAGAGGAGCUGAAAUCGAUGCGUGGCUUUAAUGGCUGCACAGGCAUGCUGAUGGUCCUACGCACAACCUUCGAGAAGACGAGAUGGGAACUCCUUCACGAAGCUGCAUUACUGCUUAACAAUUGCAUCCAGUUGAUCGGUAACGGACAGGGGCAGCAAUCUUGA